AUGGCUCGAGACAUCGAGAAGACAGACGUUCCGCGACCUGACUGCUUCGCGAGCACAGUAACCGAAUGCCUAUUCGUCCUGACGGUGACGUUCGCCUUUGCGCAGUCCACAAUCUUCUCGGGGAUGGCGACGGUCAUGACCGAUUCAAUCGGACGAGACCUAAACAUGGGCGAUGAGCUAACGUGGAUUACUGCGGCACCGCUGUUAACCAGCGGCGCCUUCGUCCUCCCUUUCGGAAACCUCGCCGAUACCGUCGGGCGAAAACGGAUGUUCGUCGCGGCGAUGACCUGCUCGACGCUCGUCGUGACAGUGGCAGGCUUCACGCCAAACGGUAUAAUCCUCAUCGUGCUGAACGGAUUCUUCGGUCUCUUCUCAGCGGCCGCCGUGACGCCCGCAAUCGGCCAGCUGGGUUCGGUGUACCAGCAGCCAUCGAAACGAAGGAACCGGGCGUUCGCGUGCUUCAGUGCCGGGAACCCUCUUGGUUAUGUCAGUGGGUCGUUCAUCUCCGGCGUAGUGAUGCAGCUGUCGGGCUGGCGGGCGUGCUUCUGGGCGUUUGGCGUGUUGAACGCCAUAUUCACUAUCCUGGUGGUGUGGACGGUGCCGUCGCAUUCGGUGCCGAGGAAGGGGUCUCUAUGGGAUCUGCUCUCGCGGUUUGAUCUUGUAGGGGCUCUCCUCAUCACUGGGGGAGUGUCCAUGGUCUCCAGCUCAUUGACACUGGGCGGUACCGCCCCGAAAGGCUGGGGAGAACCAUACGUCCUCAUCCCUCUGAUACUGGGCCUUGCGACUAUCAUCUGCUUCGUCCUGUGGCAGGCCGCUUACAAGCACCCGUUGAUGCCGUUGCACGUCUGGCGGGACCUGGACUUUGCCAUCCACAUCAUCAGCAUAUCAAUAGGAAACGCAGGCUUCACAGCAGCAACAUUCUGGCUAUGCCUCUACCUCCAGCGAGUAAAACACCAGAGCCCACUCUACCUCGCCCUGUACCUCCUCCCGCAGAACGUGAACGGCAUCCUCGUGAACAUCGUCAUCAGCUUCUUCAUGCACCGCGUCAGCCACAUGCUCAUCACUGGCGUCGGCGCAAUCGCGUACAUAAUAAGCUUCUUGCUGCUUGCGCUGAUACAGCCCGUCAGCGAGUAUUAUUGGGCUUUUAUAUUCCCCUCGCUUAUGCUCGUGGUGGUCGGCUCGGAGAUGCAGUUCAACGUGGCGAAUAGCUAUGUUAUGUCUUCGCUGCCGCAGGAGCGACAGUCGCUGGCAGGAGGCAUCCUCAGCGCCGUCAACAAGAUCUUUUCCAAUGUUGCGCUUACUAUAUCGACGGCUGCAUACGCUACCGAUAUCCGUCGCACAACGGCGGGUGUAGGACAGUUACGCCUUGAGAAGGGGUACUCAGGGGCUUUCUGGGUGUCCGUGGUUCUGGCAGUGGUGGACCUCUUUCUGGUAUUCUUCUUGAGAGCCGAUGGGAAGGGAUACGCAAAGUCCUCGCUUCAGCGGACGAAGAUGCAGGGGAGUUCCGCAUCUGAUGAGGAGACAGGGUCGGAAGCGCCCAGGCAACAUAUGUGCUUCAUUUUCUAG